AUGGGCAAGGGAAAGGGAGAUUACCAGGGGUGUAGAGGAUCUGCAGAGGAAGAGUAUGGAGGAGGGGUGCAAGCAGUGCAGGCUGGACAAGAAGAUAUCUUCCACUACUUCAAAGGUCUUCCAGUGCAAGAAUUCUUCCCUCCCCUGGAAGAACUUAAUGUGCAUCACAAAAGCUGCACAGAGCCUAUUCAAAUAGUCGAGCACCAAACCAUGCUAUUUAAUUGUAUUUUGGACCUACAAGAUUUUGUCAGAAUAACUUAUUUUUGCUAA